AUGGCGGUGGCGGAGGGGGCCUCCGAGCCCCCCUUGCUAGGGUGCAGGCGCGGGGAUGGAGGGACCGGCGGAACUCUCGGCCACAAGUUUGCAGGUCUGGCCGAUGUGUCAAUAUCAGAAGAUAUUCCCGUGGAAGGAGAAAUUACCGUUCCCGUUGGAUCCCGUUCUCCCGAUGAAGACUACUCCACCCUUGAUGAGCCUGUUAAAGAUACAAUUAUGCGAGAUCUCAAAGCUGUCGGGAAGAAAUUUGUCCACGUCAUGUAUCCCAAAAAAAGCAGCAGCCUUCUGAGAGACUGGGAUCUAUGGGGACCUUUGAUCCUGUGUGUUUUGCUUGCACUCAUGCUUCAGGGAGGUGCAGCGGACAGUGACCAAGACAGAGGCCCCCAGUUUGCAGAAGUCUUCGUCAUCGUUUGGUUCGGGGCGGUUGUCAUCACGCUAAACUCCAAGCUACUGGGAGGAACCAUAUCUUUCUUUCAGAGCUUGUGUGUGCUGGGCUACUGUAUCCUGCCAUUGACGGUGGCGCUCCUGGUCUGCAGGCUUGUGCUCAUGGCAGGUGUUGGCACAGCUGGCUUCAUUGUGCGCCUGUUAGUUGUCACAGCCAUGUUUGGCUGGUCAACGUUAGCAUCCACAGCUUUCCUGGUAGACAGCCAACCCCCCAACCGCAAAGCCCUCGUCGUCUAUCCCAUCUUCCUUUUCUAUUUCGUGAUCAGCUGGAUGAUCCUCACCUUCACAGAGUAGGAAUGUAGGAUCCAGCAAAGACUGCAGCACCAAACGAAGGUGGCUUGUCCAUGUCUUUUGUUUUGUAGACGUCUCUCCCUCUCAGUAGUUGUCGUCUUCACCCGUGUUGUUGUCAAUUUAUCUUGCCUGUAUUUAUAGUUGGGUUGUGAAGGGGUGAAGAGAUGAGUAGGCCAAGGCCAGGUUGUGAGCAGAGAGCCCUGUCGCUGUUGCGGGAGCCCGGCUGAUCCUUGCCUGCUUUUAUUUGCUUCUGCUGCUCUUGUAAAUGUGCACUGUGGCCCGGCUGGUUUGAAGAAUGGGGACGAUGGAGGACAAGUGUCCCAAAACCUUGAGUUGUCACUAGGACUGUUGAUGGAAGAAGACCUCAGAGGCCCAAAGUCACCAGGGCUCCUUGGUGUUUACAUUCUGAAUAUCUGUGGACUUUGGACAGGAGGUGAUUUCAGUCGGACAGCUGAAGUCAGAAGUUGGAUCAAGAGCCUUCUGGGUUUUCUGUGGCUUUUUUUAACCCACUCUAAAGUCUACGUCUAAACAAGAAGUGAGCGCAGCCUGCUUCAUAACCAGCUUGCCAUACCAGAAAAGCUUGCCACACCAGAAAACCUAAAUUCAGUACGGGCCUGAUGCGUCCGCCAUGCUUGGAGCAUUGAAGAUCUGCAGGGAGCUUUACGUUGGCCAACUAGAUUGAUCUACUUGAAGGGAUUUGUGGUUCUGCAGAGGAAGACCUGUCCACUUGGGCUGCUUCUCGGUUCUCCUCGCUGAUCCGGAUCCAGAGUGUGAAGUCACUGGAAAGGCUUCAGUUAAACGGGAUCUCCUAACUGACGUUUGGCCCAGAAGGCUUCUCUCCUGCAAAGCGCAGAAAAUAAAGAGCUCAGAUGUUUGCUCCUGGAGAAGAAGCAGACUCUGCUCACUUUUAUGUGUGAAUCUUUAUGCAGAAUUUCCAGUCUGCUCCGUCAUCUUGAUUGUGUUCGUUUGACCCAAAGAUAGGGAAGCCAGCCACUGGGGAAUUAAUUGUAAUGUAGUUGAGAGCAGGCUUCAUUGUUCUUAGAUGGCAGCUGGGCCUUUAGGAAGCGACCCUCAGAAAUGGGCUAACGAGCAGGAGUUUGGCGGCUCCCCUGCACAAAAAAAUCUGGGAUGCUUGACUGCCCCUUCCCUCCCCCUCCCCCACACCCGCAUGGAGCAAAUCCUGUUGUUAACAAAAGAUCCUGCCCUAACAGCCACUCUGGGAACCAGAAAAAUCUUAAUCAAUUUCCCAUUGGUAUCGGGAGUUCCUUUUACAACACAGAGAGAUGUUCUCUCCUGGAGUCGGUGGGACAAGAAUAAUCCCAAGAGGAGCCUUUCCAGGAAAACAGCCUGUCCUGUCUUAAAUGUCAAAUGAUGUCCGACUUCAGCUUUGCACUUUUAAAUUGGCGCCUCUUGUACAAAUGUGCUGAUAUUUCAGCCCAGGCGGUGAAAUUUAAAAUAAACUUGUUUUAAGGAUUUGAAAAAGCUGAAAACAUCAGCCGAUUAGUCAUGAGCUGGGGUGGGGGUGGCGGUAAUACUUUUUUUUACUGUGAUUAGGACUUCUCCUCGUUUUUAGGAACACCUAUCCUUCCAUUACGGUAAGAGACACUGAGCAGAGUUCCUGCUCCUUUUUUCUGGGGGUAGGGUUUUGCUAGACCUCUUCUUGUCUUAGAAUGAAUCUACAUGUUCAUUCUGCCUAUAAUUUGCCCUACACUUGAAUUCCAAACUCCAGACAGAGGCAUGGUUUAAACUUAUUAGAGUGUUAAGAAACAGUCUGCUUUGCAGAGCCAUCCAGCUGGACUUUGCAUUCUUGGCAGCGUCUCCGGAAUUGGCAAAAUAGGUUCCCUGUAAGAAGGUCGGCAGCCCAGGCCAAGGAAGGCUGGGUUGUUUAAACAACAGGACACCUCCUUUCUGAACUCCGGGACGGAGGUGUCCUCGAUCAUUUUCUGCCUGGAGUUUACUGAACUCUUUUGCCUCUCGAGGCAUCUGAGGUGUGGUGGAAACUGGUGUUUGCUCUCAUCCAGGGAAUCCUGCUGAUGUUUAAUGUGAAUCUCUCCCUGGCUUCUGAGGCUUGAGUUACUCUAUUUAGGGUUUAGUUUGACUUGUGGCUGCUGCUUCUCUCCUGUAACAGCUGAGAUGGGCAGAUAUACAAGCUUCUGCAAACGGGUAAGGAGACGGCCUUAAAUCGAUUCGGACCUGAAUGCAGACUUCCUCACUGGGCUGGAAUAAUUUUUCUGUUUCCUGAUUUUGAGAAUCAAGAUCAGAAAGGUUGCAGAGAUUGUGCAAUGCUUCCUCUCUUUCUCUUUUUCUCUGUCUCUGUGGCCAGGAGGAGUUAUAACUUGGCCAGGAAGAGACAACUCAGCCUAUGUGUAAUGACACAGAGUUGAUGCUGAACCCUCAGAGAUGUUGAAGUUAGCAUGACCUAAUUUUUAAAUUUCCGGACCAACCUGGUUUCCAAAUCCCUGCAUCCCUUUUGACACCCAAAAGAUGGGUUCCCUUUAUUUGCAGUUCCAUGUGGAUUCCGAUUUGUAAAAUGUUCAGAUCGCAGUUUAAGUGAUGGUGUGGGAAUCGGUUUGCUAAAUUUGAGUUUCGGCUUUGUUGUAUGUUUUCUUUUAGCUUUGCCUCCUCUUCAGAAGGGUGUGUGUGUGUGGGAAUGUGUGGCAAACGUCUAAGAACAGUGUCUGAGGACAGACUGAUACAGGAUAUAAACCUGAGGGCAUGCGGACGGUCACUCUUCCAUCAGGAGGUGAAAUCCUGCCUAGAAAGUUUACUGCAGUUCAGAGCAUUUAUGUUUUCUUGCCUUAAUAAAGCUGAGAGACAUUCUUAUCCCAAAACAACACUAAAUGUACCCGAUUAAACUGUAUUUACUUCCAGUUGCUCCUGAUUCCCUGGCAGCAGCAGUGGGAACCACCUUUGUGAAUCUUAAUACACUGUAUUGAGAUUUAUCUUGUGCAGAUCUCCUUUAGCUAGAGUGCGUGUUUGGGAUGGGGGAUUGCAAUAUGUAAAUAAUUUAAUUGCAGAUCUUUUGUAAAUAAAAUGCUGAAAGAGGCGUGUGGAGUUAUUAUCAUG